CGGGAAUGUCAACACCGAUGCGAUCCCACGAACCAUUCAUCUCUCACCGCGACGAUGUUGGGACUGGACGCUAACCCGACGACUUUGCUGUUUACUCUGGCUGCGGGUAUUCUGACCCUCCGGCCUGUGAUGAGAUAUCUGCGUUCCUAUCCUGAGAAGGACAUCCCAAUCGUGUACACUCUCUUCCAGCCUUUUGGGAUACCUGGGGUCCUUCUACCUACGACCCGUCGCUGGACGACCGGCUUGGAUUGGAUGUGGAUUCGCAGGGGCCAAACCUACACCACGAAUGAGACAAUCCGCCUCGUACCCCUUCUGGCGGGUGACUCCGAGCUCUGGACUUGCGAUAUGGAUGUCGCGCGGCAGACGGUUGUCGGCAGUCACCGCUCGAGUUGGGUCAAGCCCGCGGAGAUGAGCCGCCUCUUACUGAUUUGGGGAAUGAACAUCGUCGCCGCCGACGGCCAAGUCUGGCGCAAACAUCGACGUAUCAUGGGACCAGCGUUUGGAACCGAACUGUACCAACUCGUCUGGAAGGAGAGCAUUCGGCUGUACCGGGAGAUGAUUUCCGUUGAGGAGUGGGAGAGCGAGAGUGCGGCCAAAGUACCGGUUGUGCAGGAAUUGACGCUCAAAUUCGCCUUCCUGGUCAUAUGCCGUUGUGGAUUUGGUUUCCCAAGCUCUUGGGCCGAUCCUCCCAAAUCUUCAGACACGGAGAUGUCUGCACAAGAGGCAUUGCGCAUCGUUUCAAACUCACACAUGAUUAAGAAUAUCAUGCCUCUCUGGAUGCUGCGACUACUGCCCUUUCCAAAGAUUCAGGCCGUUCGCACUGCACACGAUAUCUUCCUCCAGUUCAUGCGAUUCCAAAUCGAUGCCCGGAAAGAAAUGGUCCGCGAGUCUGAAGUGAAUGAAAAAGAUGCGUUCACUAUGCUGAUCCAAGCAAACGAAGAUGAGGCAGGAAAGAACCAGCUGGAUGAAUCCGAGCUGAUCGGAAACAUCUACAUAUUGAUGUUUGCAGGACAUGAAACCACCGCACAAAGCUUGGCUUCAACUCUGGCGUAUUUGGCUCUCGACGAAAGUCUACAGGAUGAACUGUUGAACCAUAUUCUUGAUGUUGUUGGCCCUAGUGGGGACCCUGUUUACGAGGAUCAUCACAAGCUCAACAAAAUCGCUGCCGCGUUUUUCGAGGGUACUCGCCUGUUUCCUUCGGCCCAAGUGCUGAUCCGACAAGCGACUGAAGAUACCUUGCUGACAGUGCAGAAUGCUCUCGGCGAGGAGGGGACUCGCAAGAUUCCCGUCACCCAGGGAACCCUAGCGAUCGUGGAUAUGGUCGGUGUCCAAUACAAUCCCCGUUACUUUGAGGAUCCGACUGCGUUCAAGCCGUCACGCUGGUAUGAUUUACCCGUCGAAUCCGAUAUUUUUUCCGGGUUCAGCGUUGGACCUCGAGCGUGUUUAGGACGUAAAUUCGCCACCGUCGAAGCCAUUUGCUUUCUGUCUCUUCUGAUACGGGAUUGGAAGGUUUCUCCACUGCUUAACUCCGACGAGAGUAUCAGCCAGUGGAAGGCGCGGGUGCUGGAUGCGAGAUUCGGAAUGACCUUGCGCAUUGCGGAUGUCCCUGUCAGGUUUGAGCGCCGCAAGCAUGGAUUGUAAAUGACUUUUAUAGUGUUUGUGGCUAGCAUAUACCUUUUGACGGGUUUGUUGACCUUGAGUUCUUGAUCCGUCCGAAAAUGAACUCGGAUUAUGGAUUCAUGCGAGACUGAGUGUUGGACAAUCCUGUCUGAUUAUCUUGGAUUCGAACUGAGGCUGCAUCUGCAGGGUGGAUUACUACUAGCAGCUGACAGUUGUGGCAGCAGGAAGGGAUACUGAUUGACGCUAGAUUAAUUGUCUCUGAGGAACGACAAUCUACCGGCAUUCUGUCAAUUUAGCUGCAAUUGGUCGGGGGACGUGCAGGCUGUCCUCUGAGCGGUAUAAAUAUGUUGCGAGGGAUAGCUUGGCGUGGUCUCGACACUACUCAGCCUGGAUUCCAAUGAUCGGGGUCUCCGCCCAUACAAAACUUGACACUGCCGAUGUCAGCCUCGACAAGGACGAGGACAUUCUGGGGCUUUCUCUCCGACCAGAUUUUCUCACCCAUGAAUUGCACGUCUUCUGGUGGUUUACGUGGCGCGAUUGGUCUGCGAGUAUGAUUCCCGGAUCAAUCUACACGGUCGCUGCCCUCCGUUCUCUGGACGAAUCGUUGUCCCUCAGUUCCCUUUCGCGAGGUCUCGCGAGAUCUAUCAUCUACUUCCUGUUCUUCGUCUAUACCUUUUGCCUCGCCAACCAAAUCACCGGCGUCGCUGAGGACCGAAUCAACAAACCCGAUCGGCCACUUUCAUCCGGCCUGUCCUCGAUCAAGGGUGCUUAUGUGCGACUAUGUGUUUCGAUCACAGUACUCCUCGCCCUCGGUGCGGCGUGGGGUGUGCUCCCGUGGGCUGCGCUGUGGAUUGCCAAUACGCUGCACGCGAGUUUCUUCGACGGGGACAAGCACUGGGCGACGAAGAACCUGGUCUUCAUGAGCGUCGCCUCGUUCUGCAUAGUGCAGGCCGCAUGGGGCAUGGCCGCGCCGAUCACCCCGGGUGUGCUCCGAUGGAAUCUCAUCUUCAGCGGCGCUUUCGGCGCGGUGGCGAGUGUGCAGGACUUACGCGAUGCCGAGGGUGACAAAGUCACCGGGCGGAGAACUCUGCCCAUCAUUCUGGGCGACGCCUUCCGUUAUGGUAUGGCCGGCGUGAUCUGUGUCAUUCCCGGAGUCUGUUGGCGACUCGGCUGGCUCAAUCACUCGCACUGGAUGGUCGCAUACUGCGGCAUCGGGCUGUGCAUGGCCAUGUUCUACAUGGCGUAUCGUGUCUUUGUUGGCUCCUCCGCGCAAUAUCACCACAAGACAUAUAUGAUUUUGACCUACAUCUAUUGCGGCUGUGUUGCGGUGCCGAUGUUGUUUCCAUGAUUUGGACAUGUAGAUUAUGUUUUCGGCCCGUAUCCGUAGUCCAUCGCAUUAAUAUUAUUAUACCAACGGACGCUAUCCAGCGACAUGACUGUGCUGUUUG